AUGCUCUCCCAGGCAUUCCCCAGGCUCGCCGCGAGGGUCUCCAGGCCCAUCCAGCCCUUCGCCAAGGCUCGAUUCUCCUCAACCUCUGCCCCCGCCCAACCCUUCCUCGCCUCCCGUUCAGCCGUUCUCGCUUCCUCCCUUGCCGCCGCCGGUUCUAUCGCCUGGUACGGCCACCUCUACGGUCUGCCCUUCUUGCCCGAGGCUUCAGCCAACAGCGCCGGAGAAAAUGGAUUGCAUCCCACGUCUUGGCCCUUCGAGCACUACGGCGCUUUCGAGACUUUCAACCACUCUGCCAUUCGACGAGGGUAUCAGGUCUACCGCGAAGUCUGUGCCGCCUGUCAUUCUCUCGACCGAAUCGCUUGGCGUAAUCUGGUUGCCGUGUCGCACACCGUAGACGAGGCCAAGGCCAUGGCUGAAGAAGUGGAGUACGAGGAUGGACCCAACGAUGAAGGAGAGAUGUUCCAGCGACCGGGAAAGCUUGCCGACUACAUGCCCGCCCCCUACCCCAACGAGGAGGCUGCCCGUGCCGGUAACGGUGGUGGUCUUCCCCCUGACCUUUCCUUGAUCAUCAAGGCUCGUCACGGUGGUGCCGACUACGUCUACUCAUUGCUCACUGGUUACUGCGACCCCCCCGCGGGUGUCAAGCUUGCCGAGGGCAUGAACUAUAACCCCUACUUCCCCGGUGGUGGUAUCGCCAUGUCCCGAGUCUUGUUUGACGGUCUCGUUGAGUACGACGACGGAACUCCUGCCACCACCUCUCAAAUGGCCAAGGAUGUCACCACCUUCUUGUCUUGGGCCGCCGAGCCUGAACACGACUUGAGGAAGAAGAUGGGUUUGCAGGCCAUGAUCGUCCUCUCUACCCUUACCGCCAUCUCCAUCUACAUUAAGCGAUUCAAGUGGGCUUACCUCAAGACCCGAAAGAUCGUAUACGAACCUCCUAAGCCUUCUAGGCAUCACGCCCUUUAA